AGUUUCAAUCGAAACGCGAGGCGGCAAACAUGUUUUGAGAAAACGAGCUCUCGCCGACACGAAUCGCCACGAAAUCGCACCGAAGUCGAACACUGAGUCGCGCCAAGUGCCAACUACUACCGUUCACGUUUACCGUUACCCAAAUUGCAAGUUGUUUAAACAAAACGAAACAAAACCAAACCAAACAAAACAAAACAAAACAAAACACAAAUCACAACACACAAAAUCAAAAACGAAACAAGUGAAUAAAUCGCUAAGUGUUUGUCGCAAAGCCAGCUCACACCAGGAUUACGGGCACUCGGGCUGCGUGAAAAGCGAUCGAAAAAUGAAAACCAGAAAGUGACCGCAACCAACCACCCACAACCCACAGCUAAAAAGUGCUGGUUAAAAAAAGAAAAUCGAAAAGCAAAUUACCUAAAGUUAACUAGUUGAGCACAAAUCACCGCCAUGCCAGCCACAAAUUCCAUCGCCUGCCUGUUGCUUCUCCUUUCGCUGGCGAUUGCGAUUGCGCAUGCGCAGCAGUGCAAUUGGCAGUACGGCCAGUCCACCAUGGACAUCCGGUGCAGUGUUCGUGCGUUGGAAUCGGCCGCAUCCGGAUCGGGAUCGGGAUCCCCACUUGACCUUCAGGUGGCGGAGGCGUCCAGCCGUUUGGAGCUGCAGUGCAGCCAGGAGUUGCUCCACGGCAGCGAGCUGGCACCCGGACUCUUCCGUCAGCUGCAGAAGCUGUCGGAGCUGCGGAUCGACUCCUGCAAGCUACAGCGAGUGCCGCCAAACGCCUUCGACGGACUGAUGUCGCUCAAGCGGCUCACCCUGGAGUCGCACAAUGCGGUGUGGGGACCGGGCAAGACGCUGGACCUGCAUGGUCAGUCGUUCCAGGGCCUGAAGGAGCUGGCCGAGCUGCAUCUGGGCGACAACAACAUCCGACAGCUGCCCGAGGGCGUCUGGUGCUCGAUGCCCAGCCUGCAGCUGCUCAAUCUCACCCAGAACCGGAUACGGUCCGCCGAGUUCCUCGGCUUCUCCGAGAAACUGUGUGCCGGCUCGGCGCUGAGCAAUGCCAAUGGAGCCGUCAGCGGCGGUUCCGAACUGCAGACCCUCGAUGUGUCCUUCAACGAGCUGCGAGCCCUGCCCGAUGCGUGGGGGGCGUCGCGCUUGAGGCGCCUCCAGACCCUCAGUCUGCAGCACAACAACAUCAGCAGUCUGGCGCCCAACGCGCUGGCCGGUCUGAGUUCGCUGCGCGUGCUGAACAUCUCGUACAACCACCUGGAAUCGCUGCCCUCGGAGGCCUUCGCCGGCAACAAGGAGCUGCGGGAGCUUCAUCUGCAGGGAAACGAUCUGUACGACCUGCCCAAGGGUCUGCUGCAUCGCUUGGAGCAGCUCUUGGUGCUGGACCUGAGUGGCAAUCAGCUGACCAGCCACCACGUGGACAACAGCACCUUUGCCGGUCUCAUCCGUCUGAUUGUGCUGAACCUUUCGAAUAAUGCCUUGACCCGUAUCGGGGCCAAGACCUUCAAGGAGCUGUACUUCCUGCAGAUCCUGGACAUGCGCAACAACUCCAUUGGCCACAUCGAGGAGGGCGCCUUCCUGCCGCUGUACAAUCUGCACACCCUCAAUCUGGCCGAGAACCGUCUGCACACACUCGACAACCGGAUCUUCAACGGACUGUAUGUGCUGACGAAACUCACGCUGAACAACAACCUGGUGAGCAUCGUGGAGACGCAGGCCUUCCGCAAUUGCUCCGAUCUGAAGGAGCUGGACCUGAGCUCCAAUCAGCUGACCGAGGUGCCCGAGGCCGUGCAGGAUCUGAGCAUGCUGAAGACCCUGGAUCUGGGCGAGAAUCAGAUUUCGGACUUCAAGAACAACACGUUCCGCAAUCUGAACCAGCUGACGGGUCUGCGGCUGAUCGACAACCGCAUUGGCAACAUCACCGUGGGCAUGUUUCAGGACCUGCCGCGAUUGAGCGUGUUGAAUCUGGCCAAGAACCGUAUCCAGAGCAUCGAGCGGGGAGCCUUUGACAAGAACACCGAGAUCGAGGCCAUCCGCCUGGACAAGAACUUCCUCACCGACAUCAACGGCAUCUUUGCCACGCUGGCCUCGCUGCUCUGGCUGAAUCUGUCGGAGAACCAUUUGGUGUGGUUCGACUACGCCUUCAUACCCUCCAACCUCAAGUGGCUGGACAUCCAUGGAAACUACAUCGAGGCCCUAGGCAACUACUACAAGCUGCAGGAGGAGAUCCGGGUGACCACACUGGAUGCCUCGCACAACCGCAUUACGGAGAUCGGAGCCAUGUCGGUGCCCAACUCCAUUGAGCUGCUGUUCAUCAACAACAACAUCAUUGGCCAGAUCCAGGCCAACACGUUCGUGGACAAGACACGGCUGGCCCGAGUGGAUCUGUACGCCAAUGUGCUGUCCAAGAUCUCUCUGAAUGCCCUGCGCGUGGCGCCCGUUUCGGCGGACAAGCCCGUGCCCGAGUUCUACCUGGGCGGCAAUCCCUUCGAGUGCGACUGCUCCAUGGAGUGGCUGCAGCGCAUCAACAACCUGACCACCCGGCAGCAUCCGCACGUGGUCGAUCUGGGCAACAUCGAGUGCCUGAUGCCGCACAGUCGCAGUGCUCCACUGCGUCCGCUGGCCACCCUGUCCGCCUCCGACUUCGUCUGCAAGUACGACAGCCACUGCCCGCCCACCUGCCACUGCUGCGAGUACGAGCAGUGCGAGUGCGAGGUGAUCUGCCCCGGGAACUGCAGCUGCUUCCACGACGCCACCUGGGCCACCAACAUCGUGGACUGCGGGCGCCAGGACCUGGCCGCCCUGCCCAAUCGCAUACCGCUGGACGUGAGCGAUCUCUACCUGGAUGGCAACAACAUGCCCGAGCUGGAGGUGGGCCACUUGGUGGGUCGUCGCAACCUGCGUGCCCUCUAUCUGAACGCCUCCAAUCUGAUGACCCUGCAGAACGGCAGUCUGGCCCAGUUGGUCAAUCUGCGCGUGCUCCACCUGGAGAACAACAAACUGACCGCUCUGGAGGGCAGCGAGUUCCGAUCGCUGGGACUGCUGCGCGAACUCUACCUGCACAACAACAUGCUAACCCACAUUUCGAAUGCCACCUUCGAGCCGCUGGUGUCGCUGGAGGUGCUGCGGCUGGACAACAACCGGCUGAGCUCCCUGCCCCACCUGCAGUACCGCCACAGUCUGCAGGGCCUGACGCUGGGCCGGAAUGCCUGGUCGUGUCGCUGCCAGCAGCUGAGGGAACUGGCCCAGUUUGUGUCUGACAAUGCCAUGGUUGUGCGGGAUUCGCACGACAUCUACUGCCUGGAUGCGGGAAUCAAGCGGGAACUGGAGCUGAUUGGCAACCUGGCCAACGGGCCGGACUGCUCGGAGCUGCUCGAUGCCAGUGCCAGCAACAUCAGCUCGUCGCAGGAUCUGGCCGGCGGCUACAGGCUGCCCCUGCUGGCCGCCGUGCUGGUGCUGAUCUUCCUGGUCGUCGUGCUCAUCAUCGUCUUCGUCUUCCGCGAGAGCGUUCGCAUGUGGCUGUUUGCCCACUACGGCGUGCGGGUAUGUGAGCCCCGGUUCGAGGAUGCCGGCAAGCUGUACGACGCCAUCAUCCUGCACUCGGAGAAGGACUACGAGUUCGUGUGCCGCAACAUAGCCGCCGAGCUGGAGCACGGACGUCCGCCCUUCCGGCUCUGCAUCCAGCAGCGGGAUCUGCCGCCGCAGGCCUCGCACCUGCAGCUGGUGGAGGGCGCCCGGGCGUCGCGUAAGAUCAUCCUGGUGCUGACACGCAACCUGUUGGCCACCGAGUGGAACCGCAUCGAGUUCCGCAACGCCUUCCACGAGUCGCUGCGCGGCCUGGCCCAGAAACUGGUCAUCAUCGAGGAGACGAGCGUGUCCGCCGAGGCAGAGGAUGUGGCCGAGCUGUCGCCCUACCUCAAGUCGGUGCCCUCCAAUCGCCUGCUCACCUGCGACCGCUACUUCUGGGAGAAGCUGCGCUAUGCCAUCCCCAUCGAGCUGUCGCCGCGCGGCAACAACUACACGCUGGACCACCACGAGCGCUUCAAGCAGCCCGUUUCGCCGGGCAUGAUCUUCCGCCAGGCGCCACCGCCGCCCGCCUACUACUGCACCGAGGACAUGGAGGCCAACUACAGCUCGGCCACCACGGCCACGCCCUCGCCGAGGCCCACCCGCCCAGGCGGUGCCGCCCGCAUCGUCGACUCUAUGCCCAUGCCCAUGCGUCCGCCCUCGGAGCACAUCUACCACAGCAUCGAGUCGGAGUACAGUGCGUACGAUCAGCACGAGGCGCUCUCCAUGAUUCCCACGGGCUUGAUGCACCAGCAGCAGUUGCGGCUGCACCAGCAACAGCAGCAGCAACUGCAGCAGCAGCGAUUGCUGCAGCCGCAGCAGUUCCGGGCCAUGCCGCAGCAGCAGGCGAUGGCCAUGCCCGUGGCCUCGGCCCCGGUGCACCUGCGCAGUGGCAGCGGCUUGAGCCAGGCCAGCACCAGUACGCAGUCGACGGCUCAGGCCUCAACUUCCGCAGCAGCGGCACAGCAGCAGCAACAGCAGCAACAGCAACAGGCAGCUGGCAGUGAAGCGGCCAAUAAGAAUGGGCAGGCUUUCCUCGUGUAAACUCUGCAAUGGCCAUCCCCUUUCAGCCUCGCAGCGCAGGAGCGGCCAUCUUGAAGCUGAUCGCUUACUGGCGCAAAAGGACUCGGCAAGAGGAAGCACAAACAGGACGCACACUCAACACACACACACGGACACACACAGACAUCCAAAACAAAAAGACUUUUUCGUAGGCAUUUCUUGAACCACAACACAUAUAAUAUUUAUACGUAUUUUUUUUUGUCUGGAGCAUUUCGCCUUUGGAUGUUGUGGUUGUUGAUGUUCAAGUUUCGUAGAUGUGUAGCACUGCCAAAAGAAGCACAAGACACGCCCACACAUUCAUGUACGAGCAUAUAGGAAUACAUUAAUAUUACAAAUAUAUUGAUAAUUACCAUAAACGUAAACAAACAAUUAACUAGAAAUGUUGCAGAAACACUUUCAAAUUCAAUGUGAUAUACUAAUUAACUAUAAUUAAAGCGGCACAUGCGAGUAGGCCCCUAACUGUAAUGCGUAGACCUAUAUAUAUUAUACAUAGUAGUUCUAGCCAGGCGUAAAGAACGUAAACCUAAAACUAAACUAAACUAAACUAAACUAUUGUUAACUACAACUUAAAGUAAUGCUAAACCAUACCAUACAAAAUACACACAUUCGUUCGCAUCCAGUUGAUCGUGUUUGUCGAUUCAUUCAUCCUAAGCUACACGAAACAAUAACUAAAUGAAUAUCUUGAUAAACGUAAAUGUAUAUAGAACAAUCGCAAGGGCAACCACAUUUAGAGCACUUAAUGUAUUUAUGUACCGUACUGUAUAGAGAUGAUGGAGCUAAAUUAAUUGAAUUAAAUUUACUUAAUGACGAAAUGUAUUAUUAAAAUAAUUAUUACAAUUACAUAAAACCACCAGAAGAAUAUAUCUGAGAAAAUAAAAUGCAAAAACAUUACAAAAAUAUUGACAAAAAUUAAA